AAAACAGACAACACAAUUACGUGACCUGUUCUAUUUUGUUCGUUGGUUUAUUAAGACAAUAGUAUUGGCGUUUGCUGAAACAACCAUUCACUAUGAAUCUCAUGGGAUUCUCGACGGCCAUGGAUGGGUUGGCAUGGAGAGGAUUGGUGUACACGGUAUUUAUACUCCAUUUUGUGUUUGCUUGCCAGCUCCUCCUCCUCCAGCCGCUCGUUUCUGCCAUAGAUGGCAAACCUGGUAAUGCUGCUGAAUUACUAGAGAGGGUUUCACAAAGUAUAAAAGUGAAACGCUAUAGUGAGGCACUUGAUGAUCUUAAUGCUGCUAUAGAGGCAGAUCCAACACUUUCAGAAGCAUAUUUUCGUCGUGCAUCCGUUCUUCGUCAGCUUUGCAGAUAUGAGGAAUCUGAGAAGAGCUACCAGAAAUUCCUGGAGCUGAAACCUGGAAAUUCAGCUGUAGAAAAGGAGCUUUCUCAAUUGCGUCAGGCUCAGAGUGCUCUAGAUACAGCUAGGGCUCUCUUUGAUUCAGGCGGCUUUACAAAAUCUUUGGAAUACAUUGAUAAAGUUGUACUUGUUUUUUCUCCAGCGUGCUUAAAGGCCAAACUCCUCAAAGUGAAGUUGCUAUUAGCAGAGAGAGACUAUUCCAGUGCCAUAGCUGAGAGUGGAUUUAUUCUCAAGGAAGAUGAAAACAAUCUAGAGGCUUUAUUGUUACGUGGUCAUGGCUACUAUUAUCUAGCAGAUCAUGAUGUUGCAUUAAGGCAUUUCCAGAAAGGUCUCCGUCUAGAUCCAGAACACAGUGAACUUAAAAAAGCAUAUUUUGGAUUGAAAAAUCUUCUCAAGAAGAGUAAAAGCGCAGAAGAUAACGUAAAAAAGGGUAAGCUUAGGCUUGCAGUGGAGGAUUUCAAAGCAGCCCUUGCAUUGGACCCUAAUCAUCUUGCUCAUAAUGUACAUCUUCAUCUUGGCUUAUGUGAGGUCUUGGUCAAACUUGGUAGGGGAAAGGAUGCUAUAACCAGUUGCAAUGAAGCACUCAGCAUUGAUGGGGAACUUAUUGAUGCGUUAGUUCAGAGGGGUGAAGCUAAACUUUUAACGGAAGACUGGGAGGGAGCUGUUGAAGAUCUGAAAUCAGCGGCUCAAAAAUCACCUCAGGAUAUGAAUAUACGGGAAGCAUUCAUGAGGGCUGAGAAAGCUUUAAAGAUGAGCAAACGCAAGGACUGGUACAAGAUUUUAGGAGUUUCAAGGAUGGCAUCUAUAUCCGAUAUCAAGCGUGCAUACAAAAAGCUUGCUUUGCAGUGGCACCCAGAUAAGAAUGUUGAGAACAGAGAAGAAGCAGAGGCCAAGUUUCGAGAAAUUGCAGCUGCAUAUGAGGUUCUCAGCAACGAAGAAAAACGUACGAGAUAUGAUAGAGGGGAAGACAUUGAAGAUACGGGUAUGGGCAAUGGAGGAGGUGGCUUCAACUUUGGUGGUGGGGGACAGCAGUUUACAUUUUCUUUCGAGGGAGGCUUCCCGGGUGGAUUUGGAGGAGGCUUCCCUGGUGGUGGUGGUUUCGAGUUCCAAUUUUAAUUUCUGUGUUUCACAAAGAAAGUUAGGAAACUGCAAAUUGUUUUAUUUUUUUUCCCUUUAAGUGAGCAAGUUGUUUUAUUUAGGAGCCCCCAAAACAAGGUUACUGACUAAUUGUUGACUCGUACGUGGUGGUGGGAAGUAGUACAUAGGGCAAUCCAGAGAGGCUUGUUACAUAGAAAUCGUAUCCCUUUGAGAAAGUGAAAAGUUUUGCUCCAAGUCAGGAAUUUGUAUUUUUUCUUGAUUAAAGGAAAUUGAUGAGCCCCUGAAUUACUUUAA